UGAAACAGGAACAAAACUGUAACCAUCGCUAGUGGGACCUGUGUGGAGCAUCAGGGAUGUGCGACUGGAGCUCAGCAGCGAAGCCAAACAAAGAAGAUGUGAGUCUCACUGUCCAAGGAGCUGAGCCUUCCACGUGCGGGGUUGCUGCUUUCCAGGCUGAGAAGAGUCUCUGGUUAUCUGCUCUUUCAGGUCUGAAGCUACUAUAAAGCUGUUCUUGACAUGCAUAAAGGGCUGGAUGAUCCAUUAUUAAUCAGUGUGCUGCAUUUUGGAGGAGGAAGGAGGAUACAGGCAGAGGUAAGUAUUUAGCUUCUGUGGACAUGGUGUGUUCUGGGGAGAGUGUGUUUAAAUAAAGACCAGUGUAGCUAACAGAAAAGAGUAAAGGUCAUUGAUUCAAAGCCCUGUAGGGGUCGUUUUCUCACUGAUAAUCUGAUUAUCUUUUCAGUAUAUGCAUCUUUUCCUUUAAAAGUGGUAUCAGUUUGGGUUGUUGCUUGCUGUGGUUUGUGGCUGCACUGAUGAGCUGUGCCGUAAGAAAGCCUGAAAGCCCUUCCUCGCGUGCACACAGAGGAAUACAGAUCGUGGAUUAGAUGCAUGAUGGAUCCUUGCAAGCUCCUCUCAGCCAAAUUGUACUAAGACAGUGUCUCAGCUGUCAGUGUUGGGUUUUAUUCAUCUUUUUUAUCUCAGCCUGUUAAAGAAGUUGCCAACAAAAGUAUCAGUGCUGUAGGAAUAGCCUAUGAAAUAAAAAUCCUCACCUCUUGUAUUUCUCUGCCCAUUUGCUGCUGCUGCUGGUACAGAUCCAACACACAUGCCUCUGCUUAGUUGAAUACAGAGUGAUUUGCUUUUGAGUUCCUUCUUUUCCAAAGAUAAGCAAGUCUUACUCGUAUUUUAUCGAUCGGAAGUUGAAAUUUCCAUAACACCACCGAGAGUCUUGCUGACAAAGCAGCGUAAGCAAAUUGUCUGAGAGGCUCUCAUUACCUAGAGGACUGAAUCCAAAAGGGUUUGUCAAAGAGGUUCACACAAGACGGGGUUUUGUGCUUUCUUGUGAGUAGAUGGUGCUUGCAACACCCAGCUCAGGCUGCUGGUUUGUAUGAUGCAGAUCAGAUCAUGGGCAUUGCCAAUGAGGCCUCUUCAAUAACGGGUGCUUUUCGCUGCAGCAUUUCCUACACACCGUUUUGCCCACGGUCAUAAAAAUCCCUGCAGUCUGUAUUUUGCCUAUAAAGUUGGGCGAUGGCCUAUGUGUAUGCUCUGCAUUUACAUUGGAUUUGCUGGAAUUUGUAGCACAAGUUCCUUUGAGUAAUGACAGUGAAAGCGUUAAACAUCAAGGCACGCUGGAGCUGUGUAUAACCCAGCAGACUCACCCGUAAGACUCUAACUUAUUUAGUUUUUGCUGCGUAAAAAUAUACUUGAGUCUUCACCUGCAAAAAUUCAGAGUGAAACUCUACUCGGAAAAGCAGCUUCAUCUCAUAGUGCAGCAGGACCAGGCAUCCGGAGGUGUCAAAAUGAAAAUGUGACGCGUUGUGUUUAGCGAGACCUGAGAUGGAUUUUGAACACUGCUCAAGCUUGGGAAGUUUUACAUGGUUUGGAAGAAGGAGAAGCUGCUGAAAUGCUCGGCUUUGCUACAGCAGCUGCUGCAGAUCUCGUAGAUGUGUUGGACAAAACAAGAUUAACACAUCUCAGACAUAAAAGUCAUUGAGAGAAAACAUGGUGAACCCUGCAAAGCCUGGACUGUUCCUGUCUCAUUUGCAGCAGAGGACUGGUCUGAAAAUAUGCAGAAGCUGCAUAAGAAGCUGCGUGAGCUGGGCUAGGUGGUCAUUCUCAGAAGGAAGAGGUAGUCGUGUUCAAGCUCUUCCCCGACCUGAGUUCCUGGUAGAAAAGCAAACCAGUUUCCUAGCUGAAAAGUAAGUGUCAAAAGAUACUAGAAUUUAAUUAUUUCUUAUUUCCACCUAUCAGAGAGAGUUAAGUGAGAGUGAUUAAGUGGAUAAAUGUAUCAAGUAAACCUGCAGUGAAAACAAUAUACUCCCUUUCUACAACUGUAAACAAUUACUGCCGUGUGAUUUGGAAAGUGUCGAUUAGCCCUAACCCCAGUGAAUCAGAGCUGCUUUCUGGUGUAAUGAAAACAGAGCAUCUUACCGCCGCAUCGGUAUAGAUUGCAUUAACCUUAAUGACUCCUGUAAGGCUAAACCCUGCCUUGGCGGCAGAUUGAAUGCUGAGCGUUUUAAACUUUGCCUUUGACUUAUCUUUGUAAAACUUACAUUGAUUCUACUCUAAUUUAAACUAGGAAUACAGGAGCUGUCAGCUUUGAACAGACCACUGGAGCAACUAAUUUGAUUUUUUGUUGGUAACUGUAACCAGUGACGCAUGGACUCAGGGGGAAAAAGUAUACUUCAUCCCCUGUCCCUUCCCCCUUUCUCUUUCCCCUUUUGUCCUUCCCCUAAUUUGUUUAAUGAAGUGUGAUGCGAUGCCAUGGAGGACCAGAUUUCUUUACCUCCAGCUGAUGACAAGUUUAUGUACUGAAAUGGAAAUAUUAGCAGCUCUUGUGUCUUCAAACUUCCUGGUGUUACCAGAGAUAUUAUUCCUGCUGGUGUAAAUGUCAAAUCCCAGUUUGGAAAAAAUUCUUCUGUAUCUCCUGUAUUAAACGGAUUAUUCCAAGAAGUCUCCAAAUUCAUUGCCAGAAACCCUUUUUUUUAUUGUUGAAUGCUUCCUUUCAGUGGGAGUGUAAAGAGGACCACAUUACUCCAUGAGCACCACCAUCUGCCACAUCUCCUCUUUCAUUGUUAAUCCCUGGGUAGAGUUUAUUUGGUGAAUUUGAUAGGAGUUCCUCUUAGACUUAUCCCAGCAUAACAAGACCUGACCCCCUUUCCUUCACUUGCAGGAAAUCCAUCUCUUCGUGUUGCGCUUGGAUAAAACUGCUGACUCUUCAUGGGAAGAAAGAUACGGGUUGAUCUCUCGACUAGAGUGAUUUCUUCUUGGUCUACAGGAGGCCGAGGAGGGACACUGCAGCUCCUGCCUUCAGCUGAGGUAGCACGUCCGAGAGAUGAAGCAAGAACCGCGUCUUAGUCUCUGCGAGCAAUAAAUCACUGCUGAGCUCCUCACCUGAACUUGUCCCAGCUCCGUGCUUUUCCAAGAUGCUGCGUGUCCAGCCCGCUGCUACAGGCUCCGGGGAUUUUCCACUGCUGCACCCAGGACAAAGCCCCUGUCUUCUGAGGGUGCAGAGACAGCCGGAUCCUGACAGCCACUGCUUCAUCGCUUCUUGGAUUAGCUCAAGCUUGGAGCAUUUAGUCUAGAGUCCAGAAGACACACAUAAUCCAAGACAAUAAAGGCGUGUGCCUGGGAAGGUAUGUUGCAUGGCAGUUUGAUACGUGGUGGGGAAUGCCUUCCCCGUACCAGUGGGGCAGCUCUGCGGUUCUCAGGGCACCACAUUCCCCCGGAGGCUGAUCUCCGCGGGAGCUGACUGGCUCUGCCUCUACCCGACAAGGUGCACAGUGUUCCCAGAGCAAAACUCAUUUGGGGAAUGCAGCUGUUGGGUAAAGUGCCACUCGUUUCUUUUUUGUUUUACUUCACUCCAGCAGUCUCCGCUCUGCUUCCUUAACAGAGCAUAAAUAAAUGGAUUUACUAAUCAACUGCUUUUCUUUCCAUACUCACUCUGCUUCUCCUCACAUCUUCCUAGACCUGGGAGGAUAACUAAAGACUCACCAUGUUUACAUUUGUUUCUAUUAUAAACAAAAGAAAAUACACUGAUUUGAAGAUAUUUCACGUUUGGAAAUAGCUUUGGUUUUCUGCUGCAACAACUGUGAUCAUCUAAAUUGACUGCGGCUCUUCACGUUCAGUCACAACAGAAAAUAAAAUGGAGGAAGUGCAGAAGGCAGCACGGGGCGAUUUGCAUAGAGUCUUUGAAAACAAACGUCGGAGAGUGGCAACUGAAAACCAGCUUUAUAUUAGGCUCUUGCUGCAAAUAAAUGUGUUUGAGUCGAAGAAAGAAAACAUGACCUUGUGGAAAAACAACCCUCACUCUAGUGUAUAUCUGGGGGGGGGAAGAUAAUAGACCAUUCUUUUAAAAAGGACUUAGACAUAAACCUGAGUGGUGGGAAAAAAGCUAAAUAAAGCCCAGAAUCCGUAUUUGAGAUCUCCGGUGAGGGAAGCCGUGGUACCUGGCGCUGUCUGCAGGCGGGGACGCCUGGUGCUGAGCUGUAGAUUCAGCCACGGAUUGGUUUCCCCGAGCGUCAACCAAGACAUUGUUUUUAUUGAUUUAUUUUGCUAUCUUCCCACUGCAGUGGUAGGAUGACAAAAGAACCACCUGUGGGUGUCCUAAUAUAUCUAAUGCCAGCAGAGUUUCGGGUUGAAUAAAACCAAUAAAUCUUUCUAGGCUCAAAGGGGAAACCAUGAGGUAAGUUAAUUUGGGAAAAUAAAGAGCAUGAUUUAGGACCGUCGGGUUUGUUAGGAUGGAUCAGACUGGUCCUCCUGGGUUACUGUCCUCUGUCCAGAGAUAGUUCCUACAAGAAGACAAAAUAAGCCCCCAAGCAGUUAAUUGUUCAUUGACCCUUGAAGGGACUGACCCUGCUUGCUGACAGUGGAGCAGGAACUCUGAUACACACUGUGCUACGCGCAUUAACGAGUGCUCCAAAAAUUAGGUGGCUUUUCUAACAGAACUGAGAUAUCAAACAGCUGCUCGUGGCUGUGCUGACCACCGCGUCCAUUGUGGGGUGCAGCCUGGGUUUUUCCUUAUGGCAGCACAGUUAGAUUUAUUGUACGACAUCCUGUUUAAUUAAGGGAGAAAAUGAAUAAACAUGUAAACCUCUUUAAUUGCUUAAUAUAUUCACAAAUCAAGGCUAAACUAGUAGCUAGUCAAAGAAGGUGUAGAGUCCAGCACAUCAGAGAACAAAAUUCUCUUUCUCUACAUUUCUUCCAAUAGGUUUUCCUCUCUUCUCACUUCCAUGAACUUGUCUGUGAGGUGCUCCUAAAAAUGUAUCUUAAAACAUCACGCUAACUCAGGUUUCUCAGUUCAAAUCUACUUCAAAUCAGGGAUUUUGUACUCGUUUGAACUUUCUGCUAGUAGAAGCUUACAGAGUAACACACCUCUGAGGCUGCAUCGCUCUGCUUUCCCCUGAACAGGUACAGCGUGGGCUGCAGUGGAUGAAGUUCCCCCCAAGAGCUGCUUUGCUGAGCCAUUCUUGGAGAUGAAUCUAGAAAGAAUCUUAAAUGUCCUGGCUGCCAGUAGAAUCGAAGGCGGAAGGCAACUCAUGACCGCCAAACCGUGACAGCCUUGAAUUCCCCUGCUUCUGGCUGCUGGAAAUAACCACUGGGCUACUGUGGAGAUGAAUGGAGAACAGCAGUAUGAUGCAGAUGCUGGUUCCAGUGUAGAAGAAAUGGAAUUCAAUUGGGAUGAAUAUCUAGAAGACACAGGAGCAACUGCAGCCCCCCAUGGAUCUUUUAAACAUGUGGAUACCAGUUUGCAGAAUGGUUUUGCCCCUGGUAUGAAGCUGGAAGUUGCUGUCAAGUCUGACCAAAACACCUACUGGGUAGCCACCAUUAUUACUACCUGCGGGCAGCUGCUCCUGUUGCGCUACGAUGGUUACGGGGAAGACCGCAAGGCUGACUUUUGGUGUGAUAUCAUGACAGCUGAUUUACACCCCAUCGGCUGGUGUGAGCAGAACAGGAAGAUUCUCAAAGUGCCUGAAGGUAUCAAGGACAAGAUACCUGACCAGGAGGAAUUCCUUCAGCGGGUGCUAAAGGGAGCGUGCAGUGCUCCUGCUAACCUGCUGGAGGGGCUUCACAGAGGGAAAAAUCCACUGGAUCUCAUUGCACCAGGCUCCCGACUAGAACUGCAAAACAUCCGGGACUGCCUGGAAGCCUGGAUAGUCAACGUGGUAGAAAAUGUUGGUGGGAGACUCAAAUUACGAUACGAAGGGCUGGAGGAUUGUGACAAAUUUGACCAGUGGCUGUUCUACUUGGACCCUUUCCUUCAUCAAGUGGGGUGGGCAGCUCAACAUGGAUACAGCCUGCAACCACCUUUAGCCAUUAGGUCCUUGAAGAGUGAAGCAGAUUGGCAAGAGAUCCUGAAGAAGGUGAAAGAGGAGGAAGAAGAGUCAUCAGUUCCUACAGAUCUCUUUAAGGAUAAACCUGUAAUCGGAGUGCAUUCGUUCUCUGAAGGCAUGAAGUUAGAAGCUGUGGACCCAAUGGCUCCAUUUGUGAUCUCCCCUGCUACAGUUCUCAAGGUAUACAAUGAAAAAUAUUUCAUGAUAGAAAUCGAUGACUUGAGGGCAGAGCGUACGACCAGCCAGUCUUACAUUUGUCAUGUCAACAGCGCUGGUAUUUUCCCCGUGCAGUGGAGUCUGAAGAACGGCUUGCAUCUCAGCCCCCCACCAGGUUAUCCUGGGCAGGACUUCGACUGGGCAGACUACCUCAAACAAUGCGGUGCUGAGGCAGCUCCCCAGAGCUGCUUCCCUUUGUUAAAUUCUGACCACGGAUUUAAAGAGAAUAUGAAACUUGAGGCUGUGAACCCAGUUGAUCCUGAAGAAGUUUGUAUUGCUACAGUCACCAGGUUGAAAGAUUCCUACCUCUGGCUUCAGCUGGAGGGCUCCAAGAAACCCGUCCCUGAAUGUAUAGUGAGUGUGGAAUCAAUGAAUAUAUUUCCCGUGGGUUGGUGUGAGACAAAUGGAUAUCAGCUGAGACCUCCUCGGAAAGCAAUAGUAAACAAGCAGAAAAAAAUUGCAGUAGUUCAACCAGAGAAACAAAUUUUGUCUUCAAGGACAGUUCAUGAUGGCCUAAAGAACCAGGAACUGAACUCUUCCGACUCAGUGGUAAUUAACGGAAAGUACUGCUGCCCAAAGAUCUACUUCAAUCAUCGGUGCUUCUCAGGGCCUUACCUUAACAAAGGGAGGAUUGCAGAGCUUCCUCAGUCGGUGGGACCUGGGAACUGUGUUCUUGUCCUGAAAGAGGUUCUCACUUUAUUGAUCAACGCAGCUUACAAACCUAGCCGUGUCCUGCGAGAACUGCAGUUGGAUGAAGAGGCUGCAUGGCACGGGCAUGGAGAGACCCUAAAAGCCAAGUACAAAGGGAAGAGUUACCGCGCGACUGUGGAAGUUGUGAGGACAGCAGAUCGGGUGGCAGAUUUCUGUAGGAAAACAUGCAUCAAGCUGGAAUGUUGUCCAAACCUCUUCGGCCCUCAGAUGGUGCUGGACAAGUGUUCAGAGAACUGCUCUGUCCUGACAAAGACAAAAUACACACACUAUUAUGGAAAGCGGAAAAACAAGCGGAUAGGUAGGCCUCCGGGUGGCCACAGUAACCUGGAAGUAGCCAUGAAGAAACCAAAUAAAAGACGGAAGAGACGAAAACACUUUUUUGUUCAUAAGAAAAAGCGUUCUUCUGCUUCAGUGGAUAACACUCCAGCUGGAUCUCCCCAGGGCAGUGGGGGAGAGGAGGAGGAUGACCAGGACGAGGUAGAUGAAGAAUCUCUGACUGAGGAUAGUACCUCGGAGCACCAGGACGAAUUACUUGAAGAAUCGGAGGUAUCAGAAAAGAAAUCCCUGUCAUCCUCUCCUACACAGAGCGAAUUGUCUCAUUCCCUGGCUCAGGACCGAGACAAGCGGAAGAGGAAGCUCAGGACCUUUUCUUUCUCUGAUGAUGAAAAUAAACCUCCUUCGCCAAAGGACAUUAAGAUGGAAGUUGCUGAAAAGCUGCAGCUUGACAGUAAUCCUCUGGAAUGGAGCGUGGCUGAUGUUGUGCGAUUCCUCAAAUCCACUGACUGUGCACCGCUGGCAAGAAUUUUCCUUGAUCAGGAAAUCGAUGGCCAGGCACUGCUGCUGCUGACCCUGCCCACCGUUCAGGAGUGUAUGGACUUGAAGCUCGGGCCAGCUAUUAAACUUUGCCAUCACAUUGAGAGGGUCAAACUUGCCUUCUACCAGCAGUUUGCUAACUGAGGAGCAGAAAAGUCGAAGUGGACCUUUGAAGCACAACUACAAAACAUGCUCCUUUCUCUCUUGCAAGGAAAGCCAAAUGAAGUUAAACUGAGGCCCUGGUGACCUAAGAGCAUCUGUCGGCCUCGGUUUUUCACUUUGACAAAAGGAAGACAACAUGCGGAGCAAAAUGCCAAUGCAAACACAGGGGCUACUCUACCAGCUGCCAGCUCGGGAACACAAGAGUCUCUUGCGCUAUGGUUCCCUUUUUUAAAUAUAUUUUUUAAUGAUUACAGAAAAGUCUCCUCUGGUGGGAAAUGACAUUUCAAUAGUUCUGUUGGCACGGAACUUUAAACUGAGAAACGGAUCCUGUUUACGUUAGCAUGUAGGCUGCCAGAAAUAACCUUCCUCUGUUCCUGGUGAUUCACAGAAUCUCCUUCCCUCCCUGUGGAUGAACACUUGCUUUACCACAGCACUGGCUUUGGAAUGUGCUCUUUGCGCAUUCGUGUGUUAAUGUUGAAUAUUUUAAUGAAUUUGUUCAUUGUUAGGACAACAAUGUGGCCACAGGGUUCUGAAUGUACAGUAGAGUGAGAGUGUGGUUCCUUGGGGAGGUUUUUUUGGUUAUUUUGGGGGUUUUUUGUUUCAUUCUUGUUGUGUUUUCGGUUUGGUUUGGUUUGGUUUUACUACCUCUGUAGCCCGAACAGCAGAAGUGAUGAACUACAAAGGGAGGGAACUGCUUGUGGACAAAUGGCCUGUAGCUGCACAGGAGUCUGUCUUCUGGAGGUGUAGCAGAAGUACAAACCAGUGUCAGCACACAGAGCUUCUGUUCCAAAGCUUUAGCUGAAACCUGAGUGGGCUUACCCUGGAUAUUACCUUUUUACUCAAAUGUCAGAUAAUUAUUUUGCACUUCUCUUACAGAUGGGCUGUAGGAAAAAAGGAGGGAAAGAGAAAGUGCCUCUGCAUUUUCUGUAUUUUGGUUGUCAGAUAAAAUUUCUGUUUUGUUUGGGGUUUUUUCUUAAUGAUGUGAAGUUUUUUCCAUUUUCUUACAGCAAACAAUUGGGCCGUGUGCACAGAGCUGUCAGCGGACUUUUGCUUUGCUACCUGAACAUCUUUUUAGAGAAUAGACUAAGAAAACUGCGAUCAGUACAGGACUGCAACUUAGCUCUGCCAGUGUUUGCAUACUGGAAACUAUCUUAGGAGCAUGACUUUGUAUUUUUAACUAUUUACAGCUGCUCGGGAUCAGACUUGAUGAAAAUACGGGCAGUUGGGAAGGGCUUUGUUUGCUUUUUUUAGAGAAAAAUGAAAGGACCAGAGGGACAUCUUGCUCCGUCAGCAGACCAACAGUAGGAUAGGCUGCUGAUGUGAAUUUUCCAGGGUAAUAGAACCCAGCCAGGCAUUUGCUGUAGACCUGUGCUUUACACUUCAAGUAACCAGGCUUACCUUGCUUUCCAUUAAAGAUGUGGGAAACUUGGAUCAGGCUCAAGAUCUGCAUGAAAUAAGCAUUAGGUUUCAGAUGGCUGGCAUUCAUUCACUCUGCCAGUUCCCAGAGUGUUUGGAGGAGCACAGGCAGGAGCUUUAUGUGUGCAGCCCUGGUCCUUUAUCUGUUAUCCAAAUACAUUUGUGCAGAAAGCCCUUGGCAUACUAAUCCAUUUGAGUUAGGAAGGGGCUCACUGCAGGCAUUUGUUUUGGAGAGUUGAAUUUGCUGGUUUCUGAUAAACACUGCUUACUCUGGUCGAAUGGAUUGAUUCAAGCGUCUCUUAGGCCUAAUGUGAUCAGUUAUUCCCAUGCUGUGAGCUGUAGGAUUCUGCAAGGAGGUCAUAAACGAAGAGCUGAGUUUGCACAGUCCAUGCGUGUGUCUGCCACACAGGGUUUGAGGGGGACAACCUCCAAGGAGAACUGUUUAGAGGAAACAAAGCUGAAUAACUGGGGGUUAUUUCUUUUGCCCCGUAGAAUAACUGCCUAGUCAGGCCAGAACUAGUUACAGAAAUGCUAAAAUCAGAUUUCUUUCCCCAUUCCAGGAUCAAAAUGUAGGUGUCAGGCAGACUCUUCGCUAGCCAAGUGUUCUCGAGAGGGAAGGAGGGCAGUAUGGAGCUAAAACAGGGUUUUUUUCUCCCAAGUUGUGAGCAGUGUCUGAAAAUAAAAUUAAAUUGAGAUCAAAGCAACCCUUGUUCUUCCUCCCACCAGAAACGCAGACACUAAAUGGAUGUUCUGGCUUUUCGUGUGAUGCUUAGGUCGUCUGCCUGUCCCGUGUUCCCUUAGGACAAGCUCAGUGAUAAGCCAUUAGGCCUGAAAAAUAGUCUUGAAAGAAACAUUUCUGCUUUGCUGUCAACAUCUUGUCUUGAGAAAUUUGACCAGCAGAGAACUUAAGGGCUGGAAGGUGAUGCUUUUGGAUCAUAUUUGUCAUUCUUCAGGGUUUCCUUAUCGCACUGAUGCCCAGCAGAAUUGACUGCGUAGCCAAGAGAUGCUGCUUCCACCUUUCCCCAUGCACAGACAGAUGUCUUUUUAAGUAGCUGUCAGGAGAAAACAGAGCUGAAAGGGUAAUUUAACGAAGCUGUUAACAGGGCACCUAGGGUUUUAAAUACAAAUGUCAUACUUCUUUUUCUCAGUGAAUAAAGCAGUCAGCAGUUUCAGAGGUUAGUGGGAUACUUACUGGUCACCUUUGGCAUGUUUUAUAGGUUGGAAUUUUCUGCCUUGUUUUGGGAGGCACUGACAGUCUGGUCCCAAUGGGAUCUAUUUUUGUUGUGAUUUUCGAAAGGGAUGUUUUCAUUUUUUGUGAAAUGUUUUUAUGCUGCACACUGUUACUGUACACUCUGUUUCCUGGAAAAAAAAUGCACUCUCUUUUAUUGCUGGAUUUAAAAGGGAUAAUUGGGGCUUUAUCUUGAUGGAUGGUGUUUCUGCUUGACUCUGUUUAGAGUUCCUCUUUCUCUAUACGUGCCAGAUAACACAACUGCACCUGUAUUUGUUCGUCUUAUUCCAGCAUGACUUGAUAUCAGCUCACUUGCUGCUUUAGUUGCUCUGCUCCUUCAAAACUGGACUUUGGGUAGCUGAUGGCUGAAUCUUGACUUUGGGUGAUCCUGAUGUUUCACCAGCAGGAGCUGCUGGGACUGCAGUAAUUUAGGCUUCAGGGAUUUGUGCUGUCCUCUACCACAUCCAUUCACAAGAUACAACCAAGCUGGAGUCCAGGAGGAAGGCAGCAGUGUCUUGCCAAUGUCUGCAGUACGAGAAAGCGAGCCCUCUGCUGGGCCUCGUACUCUUUAUGUGGAUGGUAAAAGGAGGUUACCCUCAGCUUCACCCACUGAUGAGUUUUAUUCCUGCUUGUCUUAUUUUCAUAUGCAUUGUACAGUCUUGGUUUUGCACAUCAUAGCGUUAGAAACGUGGUGGUGCCUUCGUAUGGCACUCAUACUGUGCUAAGAGUGGUUUCUGCACCAACACAAGAAGUCUGUAACAGAGAAGUAUUUGACCUCUGAAAACGUCAGAGGAGGUUAAUAUGUAGUAGAAUUAUCCCCCAAAGCACAAGCGGCUUUUCCUAAACUGAAAGCAGUUGCUUCCAGAGAGGAGGGGUGCAGCACUGAUGCUGGUGAAUGAAGACUACUUUUUCUCUAAUGCUGAACAUCUCUGCAAGUUGCUCUUUAAGGAAUGAAAUAAAAGGCCAGAUUCAUUUUUGUGUUGUAUAGAACUCCAGGGGUGUUUGCGGGCUCUCCUGGGAUUGGUGGAAACAUUUCAUACAGAGUUCUGGAGCGGGUGUUAAGAUUACUUCCUCUUGCCACAGCUUUCAGCAGUAUUUUGUUGUUGCUUUAGGAUUUGCUAGUGUUUAUUCUUGAUUCUAAUGAUGCUUUAAAAGAGGGAAGGAGUAUUUAGCUGCUAGGUCUGCAGAAGUGUAAAUAUUUUUACAGUUGAUUGGACUGAGCACUCCAUUCUUCUGUAUAAAGUACAAAGACUUGGUACGUUCUUAGCAAAAGGCAAAGCGGCUUUUUUGAAUGUAAUGGAAUAGGCUUCGAAACUAUCAAGCUCAACUUGGAGACUGGAUACCUUUGGACCAAAUGUGCUGUUAGAGAAUUUGAUGAAGUAGCCUUAUCAGAAAGCCAAAAAUACGAUGAUCCUAUACAAAGCUACUCCUUAGCCAGUCCUGUCACAUAGUGGCAGACUGGUUUCUGCCUACUGUGAGCUCGAAUUGCCUAAAGGUAACUAAGCACAAAGACGUAGGCUCUGUCCGGAGACUUCCAGUGUUGGCUGAAGGCUCCAUUUUAAAGGGAUUGUGUGCUGAACCCCCGUUUCACAGUGUGGCCGACCUUCCCCAAACAUGCACGUAGCCUUGUUUUCAAAGGCAGCCUUUCGGGUGAAGGAUUAGAUGGGACUUGGGAACACCAGAUACGACAAGCCUCUUUUAUCGUUAUGUGUUUUUCUAAAAGAAAUAAUAAUAAUCUGUAUGAAAUAUAGCAAAAAAAGGAGUUAAGGUUAGUGGCGCUUUGUCUCCAUGGUCAUUUCUAUUUCCUCAACAUCGCAUCUGUUGUUCUGAAAUGCACCAGGCAUACAGAUAGACUUUUUGAUGAGAAGACAAAGUUAUUCUGUGAGGUGCAAAGCCAGCAGUGUUUGGCUCAGCUUUAAGCCAUGAAGCGAGCAGGUCUUGCACUGACAAAAUUGAGAGGCAGUAGGUCUGACUGACUCAGCACAAACACGGGCACGGAGCCCGCGGAAGUCCUUGCUAGCCUUGCACAGUUCAAGAGGAACAGCCUUCUGCUUGAGACACGGGGACGACUCGCUCGAGUUGUGACAAUGAAGUCCCGGCACAAAUGAAUUUUUGCCCAUGCUGGAAGUUGUUGAGCACCAGUUUCCAAGAAACCUCGUGGAGAAAAAAUUCUGGAGGUGUCGUAUUUCUCCUCUCCUCUUUCAUUUCUUAUUUUUUAAAUUUCUUUUUAAAAUAAAUUUUAAAUAAUCUUUGUAGACAAUCAGAGGUCAUCUAGGAGACUGUACCCUAACGGGUACCCGUUUUCCACCCGUGGGCCUCUUUCUUAUACUAACUCAUCGGAACUGAUGCACUUUUCCAGUAUUUUGCCUUUUUUAAUUAGCUGCUUGUUCUUAAACAAAGAUUUCAAUGCAUAUUGUGUUGUGUUCCUUCUGCUUGUUGUUUUAUCUUUCUUUAACUUUUAAAAAUAUAUAUAUAUAUAUGCAGUGAGACUGAAGUACUACAUGGGAGAGAGACAUGCACAAGAAAAGAUGCCUAUUGCGUCCCACCGUUGUUUGAGCAGGUGUAACAAUUUAAUCAGAGGAUUUUUUUAAAAACUAUUUUGGAUGGAUAUUUUGCUUGUUUUGUCUGUAAAUACUGUACAUAAGUUUGUGGUAUAUAUGACAGUUUUAAGUGGUUGUAAGAAAAUUAAAAAAGAUCCUUAAACUGUUACCGGUGGCUUUGGUGUUAAAUGCAGCGAGAAAUACUGAGAGCAGAGGCUCUGGACAGCGUGUUGUGCACUGUAUGUCAGAGACUUGAGGCCAUUUCU